CAGGCCUUCUAUUAACUUGGCUAGUUGAGAUCGUAAAAUUUACGAAUGGUUAGUAUUCACGGGAGUGCGAUUUAAGGUUAGUAUUCUAGGGUUAAAAAAAGAAAACGACUGCAACAGCUAUAGGUAAAGGUACUCUGAUUGUAAACAAAAACCGUAACCUGAAAAUAUAUUACAUUUAUCAGCUGACGUCCACCAAUAGCAAACGGAAUGCAAGUUGUGAACUAGCCGCUCCUUUAUGCUACUAGUUGUCACCAAAUGACAGUUGCAGACUUCACUGGAAUUAGUAAAUCGACAGCCCAUAGAAUAAUUCAUCGAGUCAGUACUGCUAUUGCCUCUCUCCAUCCACUGCAUAUAACAUUCCCUGAAACUCAGAAGAAAAUUCGAAGAACACAGACUGAAUUUUUCGGAAUUGCAAGCUUUCCAAGGGUUUUGGUUGCCAUCGAUUGCACUCAUGUUAAAAUUAAAACUCCAGGUGGUGAUAAUGCAGAGCUGUUUCGUUGCAGAAAGGGUUACUUUUCACUGAAUAUUCAGGCUAUAUGCAAUGCCAAACUUGAAUUCACAGACAUAGUUGCGAGGUGGCCUGGAAGUAGUCAUGAUUCCACCAUAUUCCGUAAUUGCUAUCGGAAAGCUAUGUUUGAUAAUGACAGAUAUGGAAAUGCUGUCCUAAUAGGAGAUAGUGGAUAUUCCUGUACCAAGUAUUUCAUGACUCCUUUUGAAAAUUGUUUGAACCCUGCCGGACAAUUAUACAACGAAUCUCAAAUCAGAACUAGAAACCCUGUGGAAAGAAUGUUUGGAGUUUGGAAAAGACGCUUUCCUGUAUUAUCGUUAGGUUUGAGAAUCGAUUUGGAUAAAGUAUUUCCUGUAAUAGUGGCAACGGCUGUACUUCAUAAUGUCCUACGAAGACGUGGGGAAGAUGUCCCACCUUUUGAUGCUGAGUUUGAAGCCAACCUACCAGCACCAUGGGAUGUUAUAAUAGCUCAGGGAGACAUGGGACAAAAUCCCAUAGCAGUCUUAGGUCAUCCAUUGAACGAGAGGAGAGUUUACCCUGAGCACCGAGAAAGACGUACUAUGGUUCAUCAAUACUUCACAAGGCUGGUAAUGCUAGAGCGACAGCGCAUGGAAAUUGGAAGGGUUGUAGUGGAAGAACAUCAAGAGAUUGCGGAAGAUCCACGUCCAGAAGUGAAGCAGGAUCAAUAGGACUUAACACAUUGAAAACAGCUGAACAAAGAAAAAAAAACAGCCACAGCCAGCAAUUUUUUUACUAAUUUUUGGGUCAAUUUCAUUAAAAUAUGACUAUAUGUUUAGGCUCAAUAUUUCCCA